GAAGUAAUAUGCCAAAAUUGACAAGCUGUGUUAUGAGAACUACUCAUCGACAUAAAACAUAUGCUCAGAGAUCAUAUUAAUGCCAAAAUGGAAGUUGAUUUGGCCUUUUUGAAGUCCGCAAAAGGUCUACUGAAAAUGUCAGAAAUGGUAUGUGUCUUUGUGGCUUUUGUGUGUUAUGCAGUGGCAUCUAGGUCGCCCUACAUUGCAGCGACAUGCAUGGAAUUUUUCAUCACACUUGUUUUUUUUCUGCUCUACCUACUGAAACUCAACAAGAUGUUCACUCUCUUCUUCUGGCCUCUUAUUGAUGUGUUCAACUCGUUUUUUGCAGCUGCACUGAUGUGUAUUCUUAGCCUGGUAGCAGUUUCCACAUACACAGUGAAGGGCACUUUGAGCGGAGGGAUCGUGGGUUUUGUGGCUGCAGCCUUGUGGUCUUUGGAUGGCUAUAUCCUUUUCAAAAAAAUCAAAUUCAACAAGCCAAGAACCAGCCCAGAGGCCCAAACAGGGUACAAUUAAAGCUUUGCAGAACCAGCUGUCUCAUUUUGUAAGCAGACCUAUUUUGUAAAACCAAAAUAAGAUUGUAAAAUUAUAUAGGUAUAAUGUAUUCAUUAUUAUUAUUAUUAUUAUUAAAUAGAGUUGCCACUCUGUCCUUUGAACUAAAGUCUCCAGAACUGUAUCUGGGAAUGCAUGUUGCUUUAAUACACAUAAGUGUGCAUGAUGAAACCUAUCCACAAAUAUUCACCACUCAAAAAAAAAUUCCUCCAUAAAUUGAGCAUCAUGUUGUUAUUGUCUCAACAUUAAGAAUGAUGAUGUUAUGUUCUUGUUCUCAAAGUAAAAAUGCACUUUGUCUGAAAGAUUGUUGUUAUCCAAAGUUACUAAUUUGAGGUAUUUGACCAAAGCAUGAGAGAACUGUGCCAAAAUUGUAAGCGCAGAGAAAAGAAAGACGGAGCUGUACAUAUCAGUUUAUUUCGGUAACUUUUUGCCCCACAUGCACAACAUGUCAUUUAGACAUUUGCAACAGCAAG